CAAAACAUCACAGGGAGCAGAAUAAAACAACAAAAUAUUUUGAUUCCUCUUCCUCUCUUCUGCACCAAAACAACAAACGGAAGAAGAAGAAGCAACCGACCAACCAACAACCCAGAGCAGCCGCAGCAGCAUCGCAGCUUUGUCAGUGGGCGCCUCUCCCUUCCCUUUGUCAGUCGACCCAGGGUCUGCCGCAUCUUGUAAAUCUGCAUUCCAUCCGCCACCAUGCCAAAGAAGGGUUUGGGAAUCCGCAAGUCCAUCCACGGGAAGAAGAGCAAGAAUGCUGCUCCCCCAGUCACCUUCCCGCCGAAGAUUGCGGCUGACCGCAUCCCCAUCGUCAAGAAGGAUGGCCGCACAAACUCCUCCCGAUUCCGCUCGACGAACAAGACAGAGUUGACCAAGCUUCCAGCUCUCAUGAGCGCCAGCCUCAAGGACCGCCCCACCCUCUUCAUUCAGAAGAUUCGACAGUGCUGCGCCGUGUUUGACUUUACGGAGUCGCUGAGCGACCUCAAGUCCAAGGAGGUCAAGCGCUUUGCACUGAACGAGCUGAUCACGUACCUCGCCGAGAUCCCAAACGCGCUGCAGCCGGACUACUACCCGGAGAUUGUGAACAUGUUCUCGAUAAACCUGUUCCGCACGCUUUCGCCGCCGCUGGACCCAAACGCCGCCCUCUUUGACCCGGAGGAGGAUGAGCCGACACUGGAGGCUGCGUGGCCGCACCUGCAGCUGGUGUACGAGCUGUUCCUGCGCUUCCUCGAGUCAAAGGACUUUGAGGUGCCCGUGGCCAAACCCCACAUCAACCAGAAGUUCAUCUUCAACCUUCUCUCCCUCUUUGACAGCGAAGACCCACGCGAGCGCGACUUUCUCAAAACCACCCUCCACAGGAUCUACGGCAAGUUUCUGUCGCUGCGCCCUUACAUUCGCCGCAACAUUUAUCACAUCUUCCACCAGUUCAUCUACGAGACGGAGCACCACAACGGCGUCGCCGAGCUGCUUGAGAUCUUCGGCAGCAUCAUCAACGGGUUUGCCACCCCGCUCAAGCCAGAACACACCCAGUUCCUCCUCCACGCGAGCUGCAGUGUUAUCGUGCUGGUUUCGGGAUGUUACGCUGUUGUGUCCUGA